UAAAUAAAUUACGAUUAAGCGCAAAAAAAUUGAGAAUAUUAUACAUGUUCAUCGUGAAAAAUGAUCUCCAUUGAAUCUCCGCCUUUGGUCCAAACAGAAACAAAAUACCCACGCACGGCCCGUAACUUGAACAACAAAUUUGUUCAAGUGUUGUCAAGCUCGGCAACGGGAGACCACAUGCUUAAGGAAGACGUUUGAGACAUUUGAUGAUUUUUUUUAGGAUGUUUGAGAAGUGAAUUUGUAAGGAAUGAAGUUUACAUCAUAAUGCUAGAGUAUUUAUAAUACAUGUUCCAUGAUUUCUUUAACCAUUCAUUAAAUGCUUUAGAUAUUAAAAAUCUUUAAAAUAGAUGGAUUUGACACAAAGUAAAUUUUUUUAAAAUCAGCUUAAUGGAGCACUAAAUCAUGGUUACCAAUGCAACUUUAUAGAAGAGAUAAUUGAAUAGACAUAAAGUAAAAAGUAAAUUUGAUGUGUACAAAAGCUGAAUCACGUCCACCAAUGCAGGUCCAUAUCCGUCCAGCAAGCAGGCCCAAACCCGAUUCAACUACAUCUCACUUUUGGUGGGAACACUGUUCACGAAUUGCACCUAGCAUUGUAUAUAGGAGGAUUACGAACUUUGAUCUAAUUUUUCAAAAAACGCAUGAUUAGGCCCUGUUUGGGAAGUGUAGAGUUCAGAGCCUGGAAGAGAUGGGAGGGGGGUGGGGGUGGGGAGGGAGAGAAUGAAUGAGAAGGAUUUCUUUCACCUUGUUUGGUUGGAUGAAGGGAAUGAAUGUAGGGAAAAACUACAAUUUUCUUCACCAUGCUCUAAUUAAAGCAUGUACAAUGUUGAGACAAAAAUUAAAUGUCACCCGAUCAUGUGAAAUGUUUUAAGAAAUUAAAAAUUGCCUAAUCAAUGUCUGGCAAGGGGAUGUAGUGAGAGAAAAAAAAAGGAUUCAAUCUCUGAGAAAAUGGGCCAAAUCCACGUUUUCUUUAUCCCGGUGAUGGCUCAAGGCCACAUGAUUCCCACACUGGACAUGGCCAAGCUCUUCGCUUCCCGCGGCGUCAAGUCAACUAUAAUCACCACCCCACUGAACCGGACCGUUUUCGCCGGAGCCGUCCAAAAACAGACCGGGUUGGGUCAGGAGAUCGAGCUCCGUCUCCUCGAUUUCCCCGCCGCCCAGGUCGGCUUGCCGGAGGACUGCCAGCGGUUCGACCAGCUCGCCUCCCACGACGACCUUCCCAAGUUCAUGAAGGCCUGCUCCAUGCUCCAGGAGCCCUUCGAGCGGCUCCUGGAGGAGCUCCGCCCGCACUGCGUCGUCGCCGACACGUUCUUCCCCUGGGCCACGGCGUCCGCCGCCAAGUUCGACAUCCCGAGCCUCGUGUUCCACGGGACCAACGCCUUCUCCUUGUGCGCCACGCACAGCCUCAACACCCACAAGCCGUACCUGAGCGUCUCCUCCGAUUCGGAUCUGUUCGCGAUUCCGGAUCUCCCGCACCAGGUGAAGCUCACCCGAUUGCAGGUUUCUCCCUUCUCACGCGGCGUCCCGGGAGAGGAAUCCCCCAUGUCGGGUAUCAUGAAACAGAUUAGCAUGACGGAGGAGACCAGCUUCGGGGUCAUCUUCAACAGCUUCUACGAGCUCGAACCGGAAUAUGCAGAGCAUUACAGGAAUGUUCUUGGUCGGAGGUCCUGGUUUGUGGGGCCGCUUUCCCUCUCUAACAGGGACACAGAGGACAAGGCCCAGAGGGGGGAGAAAUCCUCAAUCGGCGAGAAAGAAUGUUUGGAAUGGCUUGAUUCCAAGAAACCCCACUCGGUGGUUUACGUUUGUUUCGGAAGCGUUGCCAGCUUUGCGGAUUCUCAGCUCCGGGAAAUGGCCGCCGGGAUCGAAGCUUCCGGGCAGGAGUUCAUCUGGGCGAUAAGAACACCAGCCGGGGAGGAGGAAUGGAUGCCGGAAGGAUUCGAGGAGAGGACCAAAGGGAAGGGGUUGGUCAUACGAGGAUGGGCCCCGCAAGUGCUGAUUCUCGACCACGGAUCAGUGGGCGCGUUCGUGACACACUGCGGGUGGAACUCGACGCUGGAAGCGGUGUGUGCGGGCGUGCCCAUGGUCACCUGGCCGGUCUUCGCAGAGCAGUUCAUCAACGAGAAGCUGGUGACGGACAUUCUCCAGACGGGUGUAGGGGUGGGGUCCAAGAAGUGGAAAAGAUUGGGAAGUGAAGGGGUAAAGAGAGAAGCGGUUUCUGAGACAAUCAAGAAGGUGAUGGUUGGGGAGGAGGCGGAUGAGAUGAGGAACAGAGCCAAGGCGCUGAAAGAGAAGGCGAGAGAGGCGGUCGAGGAAGGUGGGUCUUCUCACUCGGGUUUGAGUGAUUUGCUUGAUGAAUUGAGGACUUACCAUAAUGCUAAACCCUAAUAAAAUCGAUGUGGGGUGACCGUUCGAUCGAUUUUGAAAGAUUCUGAAGAUGAGAUUCAUUUCCCUUUUUAUUUUGAUGCAUUCCAUGUUCUACUCUCUAUACAUGUCUUCAUCAGUCCCACGUUAUUAAUUAUUGUUACUCAUUGUUAUGUUGUGUGACACAAUCUAGAAAGAUGGCAUUAGUGCUGCUCUAGGCUAAUUGUGUUGCUAAUUAUGUUGUUUAUCUUCUAUCAACCUGUUUUGUUUCAUUCACCUUUUUUGCAUUUUAAUGGGUUUACAUGUGAGCAUUCUUUUCAUGAAAUGGCUCAUUUUUAUAUUACAAAUACACUAAAAUCCAUGUAAUAAACAUGAACCUUAGAU